GUUAUAUUUAUGGAUGUUAUCAGCAGAAUGGCGCCAGUCGGAGCGAAGAUUAAUCAUCCCUGUGCUGCUUGCAGGAUGCUUCGUCGGAGAUGCGGUGACAACUGUUUGUUAGCGCCAUAUUUUCCAACCCAAGAAGCUGAUAACUUUGUUGGUGUGCACAAAGUGUUUGGUUCCAGCAAUGUUAUUAAAAUGCUUCAGACGGUGAAGGAGACGGAAAGAGAGGAUACUGUGAAGAGCAUGGUGUAUGAAGCAAGUGCGAGGCUCAGGGACCCCGUGUAUGGGAGUGCUGGUGCUAUUUUUCACUUGCAGAAACUAGUAAAAGAACUCGAAUCGGAAUUGGAUCUGAUUAGAGCCCGAGUAUUAGAGUCCCAAGAACAGCAAAAUCAACUACUGAGGAUUCUGAUGGAUGUUCACCACCUCCCUCCCAUUUCACCCUUCGAGGAUAUUAUGUUCGAUUGUGAAAAUUUGAUCUAGCUUGUUAGGCGCUCAUGGGACGGCCGACGAUGGACUAUGACCCUGAUCAAGUUCUAGUACGUAGAUUUUUACUGCAGCUUUUAAAAGAAAAAGAAGUGAAGAAAAUGGGGGAAAAAAAGAGAAAAGAAAAGAAAAGAAACUCCAGUUUCUAGUUUUUAUGUAUGAUAUAUAUUUUUUUCAGUAACAUAAUAACAAGCUAAUUUAGAUUAUUGUAUCAAUU